CCAUUUUAGACACUGUUUUGUAGGAAGCAAGCAACUACCAUUCCUCGCUAAAUUUCCAUGUUAUUGUCGACAUAAACCUUAAACAAGUCAAUUACUGUUUUUUUUUUUCUGCUUUUUUUUUUCUGCUAUUGAUUUCUACGAUAAUUAUUAUUACACCUUCAUAGUUCAAUUGUUUUUUGUAAGGUUAGAGUUGAAAAUUUAAGAAGGUUUGAAUUUUCAGUUCACCAAACAUUCUUUGUGUUUUGAAUGACUGUUGGUUAGUUAGUUGUACACUUUUGUUAUUCUUUAGUGAAAAACUGUGGAUCAGUAAAUUCCUGUUGAAGGGAAUUGCUACUGUUGAGAAUCAGAUUCCAAUUUCAACAAACUUGUGUUUUUGUUUAUUCAGCUUUCAGCUACAUGUUUUCCAAAUGAUUCUGUUGUUGAGAAUUGAGAAUACUGAUUUCUGUUAUGGGUUGUAAUGGGGUUGAGCAUUUGUGCAAACAAGUGUUAGAAGAGAAAAAGGGUUUCAGAGAAAUGAAUGAUGAUGAGUUGGUUACUGUGAGAGGGGAAGUUAUGUCUCAACAAGUUGAUGAUGAUUCUGUUUCUUCUAAGAUGGCAGAGGAUUUGAAGACAAAUUUAAGAUACCAAUCUACUUCUUUGCCACGCUUAGGUUUGGAACAUUGCAUCACAGCACCUAGUGGAACUGAGAGAAAUUCACUAAUAGCUGAAGAUGAGAUUAUGAUUUCUAGGUCAAUGACAGAAAAGAGAGCGCUUCGAAGGCAUGACCUAAUAUUGGACAGACUGUCGGAGCAUGAGAAGGAAAAACUGAUUGCUAACCUAGUGAAGAUACAAAAAGAUGGGACUGUUGAAGUUGAUUUAGAAAGGAGUGCUAGUGUUGCUUCAGAGUUGUUAGAGUUUCAAUCUUAUGAAGAAUCGACAAUGAGCGGAAGUUUUAUUAGUUCUGAUUUAAAAAAAUCAGUUCCGCGGUUACAAAUUGUCAUACUUGUGGUUGGAACUAGAGGAGAUGUACAACCUUUUGUGGCCAUUGCAAAGAGACUUCAGGAGUAUGGUCAUCGUGUUAGGCUAGCAACUCAUGCUAAUUUCAAGACAUUUGUAAGAUCCGCUGGUGUAAAUUUCCACCCUCUCGGUGGUGAUCCUCGGGUAUUGGCCGGAUAUAUGGCAAGGAAUAAAGGUUUGAUCCCUUCUGGUACGACUGAAAUAUCUAUCCAAAGAAAGCAGCUGAAGGCCAUAAUUGAUUCGCUUCUUCCAGCUUGCACAGCACCUGAUUCAGAAACUGGCAUUCCCUUCACAGCUCAGGCUAUUAUUGCCAACCCUCCCGCAUAUGGGCAUGUACAUGUUGCUGAAGCCCUUGGGGUGCCUAUUCACAUCUUCUUCACAAUGCCAUGGACUCCAACCUAUGCGUUUCCCCACCCUUUGGCACGUGUUCCUCGAGGCGCUGGUUAUUGGCUGUCUUAUAUAGUUGUGGAUCUACUGAUAUGGUGGGGAAUGCGAGGAAUUAUCAAUGACUUCAGGAAAAGAACGUUGAAGCUUCCUCCUAUUGCAUACUUCAGCAUGUAUCGAGGAUCAAUAUCUCAUUUACCAACUGCCUAUAUGUGGAGUCCUCAUCUUGUUCCGAAACCAAAUGACUGGGGCUCUUUAGUUGAUGUUGUUGGUUACUGUUUCUUGAACCUUGGGUCAAAGUAUCAACCACGGGAAGAUUUUGUCCAAUGGAUUAAAAAAGGACCACCUCCUUUAUAUUUUGGAUUUGGGAGCAUGCCUCUUGAAGAUCCUAAACUAACAACAGAUGUUAUAUUGGAGGCACUAAAAGAGACAGAACAACGGGGAAUUAUUGACCGAGGUUGGGGUAAUCUAGGAAAUUUGGCCGAAAUUUCUGACGACGUUUUCCUUCUCGAGGAAUGCCCUCAUGAUUGGCUGUUUCCUCAAUGCUCUGCUGUGGUGCAUCACGGUGGAGCCGGAACCACCGCUACAGGAUUAAAAGCCGGGUGUCCAACAACCAUAGUUCCAUUCUUUGGAGAUCAAUUCUUUUGGGGCGAUAGAAUACAUCAGAAAGAGUUGGGACCAGAACCAAUUCCAAUAUAUGAACUCAAUGUUGAGAAUUUAUCAAAUGCUAUAAAAUUCAUGCUCCAGCCAGAGGUGAAAUCUCGGGCGAUGGAAGUUGCUAAGUUGAUAGAGAAUGAAGACGGCGUUGCUGCUGCAGUUGACGCGUUUCAUCGCCAGCUGCCCGAUGAGCUACCACUGCCAGCUCCUUCUCCUGUUGAGGAGGACAAGUUAAGUCAUAUUGAGUGGCUUUUUGACCAACUUGCAAAGUGGUAUUGUGUUCCUUGUGGUGUUGUGUAGAUUUUUUAAUUAAUAUAUAUAUUUUUUUACUUCUUUAUUCCAUUAUUAUGUAAUUAGGUUUUGAUAGGAGCUUUCUGUUUUGUCAGAAUGGUAGCAUAGUGUUUUGGUUUGGUAUUUCAUUCAUUCUGUCAAGUCUCUUUUACAAGGUCUUGACUAACAAUAAAUUUUCAUGUAUAUUAGAUAUGCGAUUUUCAAUUAAUAACAAUUUAAGUUUUUUGAUGUUA